CUGAAUUUAUAAUACAUCGUGAGAAGAAUGACACAUUUGAAACCUAUAAAGCGGCGUUGAUAGAGAAUGGAGCUGAAUUCUCGGAAUCAUUCGUGGCAAACCUGCUACGUAUUAUCCAGCACAUGAAACCAAGAAAAAGUUCGUCUUCCGGCAAGAAAACGGCCGACAGCGCUUCGACGGCACCGUCAAGUAAAACUGAACUUUUGGCCAAAAAGUUUCCGGGUCUGGCGAUUCCCAACGAUUUUGGGAAGACGGAAGAAGACGAAGAUGGUGGGAAGCGGGACAGUGAUAAAGAGGACAGGAAGGAGAAGGACGAAGACGAGAGAAGCAGGAAAAAGAAGAAGAAAAAGCGGAGAAAGAGUGAUGAUGACGUGGAUGAUGCCAUGGCUGCGUUGGAGGCGCUGGCUCCUAGCUACUCAAAAGACACAAAAGUGAAGAAAGAGGAACGUUCCUGUUCGUCUUCCUCCUCAGAUUCGUCAUCAGUGGAACGAAGACGGAAAAGGAAGGAAGAAAUUGAGGAGGAAGAUGUAAAGCAGAAGAAGAGCUUGAAGAAAGAGAGACGAAGUCGCAGCCGUAGCAGGGGAGAGAGACGGAGAGAGCCGAAGAAGGAGAGGAGAAGUAGGAGUCGAAGUGGGGAUAGGAAGAGUAGGAGAGACAAAGACGAAUAUAGGAGUAGGGUGAAGAAGGAGAAGGACAGAAGUAGAGAGAGGAAUAGAGUAGACAGAAGUAGGGAUAGGAAUGGAGUAGAGAAAGAAGUGUCAUGUUCGGGAGGUUCGGACACGGAAGGACGAAAGGGCGGCCAACAGCUGAGUGACGAACCCGAGUUGGGGAAAAUUUACGAGGGAAAGGUGGCUAACCUGGUGCCGUUCGGGUGUUUUGUGCAGUUGGAAGGCCUGCGACGGAGGAUCGAAGGUUUAGUGCAUAUUUCGCAGCUGAGAGCUGAAGGCAGGGUCACCAAUGUUAGCGAUGUCGUGUCCAGGGGGACUAAAGUUAAGGUGAAAGUACUGUCACUGACGGGACAAAAGGUUUCGCUGUCGAUGAAGGACGUGAACCAGACGACGGGGGCGGACCUGAACCCUUGCCUGGGGGCGGUGGAUGAGGAGGUGGCACACCGCAAUCCGGACCGACCGAGCGGAGGCGGCAGCGGGUCUCUGGGGCCCCUGGAGCUGCACGGCUCAGCUGAUGGCCCGGAUAGUGGCAGUCGUAAAACAGUCAACCGCAUCUCGUCGCCCGAAAAGUGGGAGAUCAAACAGAUGGUAGCAGCCGCAUGUAUAGACGCCAGCGAACUGCCGGAUUUUGAUGAGGAGACAGGACUCCUCCCCAAGGAGGCGGCGGAGGAGGAGGACAUCGAGAUAGAGAUGGUCGAGGAGGAGCCGCCAUUCUUGCACGGUCACGGACGCAACCUGCACGAUCUCAGUCCGGUGAGGAUAGUGAAGAACCCGGACGGUUCGCUGGCUCAGGCGGCCAUGAUGCAGAGCGCGCUGGCCAAGGAGCGACGAGAACAGAAGAUGCUGCAACGCGAACAGGAGAUCGACUCUGUGCCAACCGGGCUAACUAAGAACUGGAUAGACCCUCUGCCCGAGAGUGACGGUAGGGCGUUGGCAGCGAAUAUGCGCGGAAUCGGUUUGACCAAUCAGGAUCUGCCCGAGUGGAAGAAGCACGUGAUUGGCGGAAAGAAGAGUUCGUUCGGCAUGAAAACUAACAUGACAUUGGUGGAACAGAGGCAGAGUUUGCCCAUAUUCAGACUCAAGGACGAGCUAAUCCGAGCCGUCACCGACAACCAGAUCCUGAUCGUGAUUGGAGAGACCGGGUCGGGCAAGACGACGCAGAUCACUCAGUACCUGGGGGAGGCGGGGCUGACUCAGCGGGGCACCAUCGGCUGCACCCAGCCGCGUCGCGUCGCCGCCAUGUCGGUCGCCAAGCGAGUCGCUGAGGAGUUUGGAUGUCGCUUGGGACAGGAGGUCGGAUACACCAUCCGGUUCGAGGACUGCACUAGUCAGGAAACAGUUAUCAA